AUGCAAGUCCAGAACUUAUUCGACGUCAAGGGCAAGGUCGUCCUCGUGACCGGCGGCGGACGAGGUGUUGGAGAGAUGAUCGCAGCUGGCUACGUCGCCAACGGCGCCAAAGUCUACAUCUCGUCCCGCGAUGCCAAAGCGUGCGAAGCGACCGCUGCGGGCCUGACCAAGUCGGGUCCGGGAGAGUGUAUCGCCAUCCCUGGCGAUCUGGCCAAGUUUGAUGAGUGCGUCAAGCUGGUCAAGGAGAUUGAAAAACGGGAGAAGGUGUUGCAUGUGCUUGUCAACAACUCUGGAGCGACAUGGGGCGAACCUCUCGCCAACUAUCCAGACCAGGCAUGGUCCAAGCUCCUCACCCUCAACGUUCAGCGAGUGUUCACGUUGACGCAAAAGCUGUUGCCGCUCUUGCAGGCGGGGGCGAAGCAGGAUGGUGUUGGGCGGAUCAUCAAUAUUGGAUCGAUCAAUGGGGAAGCUGUCCCGGGGUUGGAGACUUAUGCGUACUCUGCCUCCAAGGCCGCUCUGCACCAACUCUCCAAGCACCUAGCCUCCCAGCUCGGCCCCUCCAUAACAGUCAACACCCUCGCCCUUGGCCCCUUCCGCUCCAAAAUGAUGGCUGCGACCCUCCAGUCCCACGAGGCCGAUAUCGCCGGUGCGCUCCCCAUGCAGACCAUAGGCAGUCCCGAGGAUGUCGCGGCGGCCUGUCUGUGGUUGUCCGGGAAGGGGGGCAAGUGGGUGACGGGGACUGUCGUCCCGAUCGACGGAGGGAGUUUGGUGGCCAGUAAGGGGAAGUUGUAG